ACUGGCCAAAAUGUGCAGCUCCACAAAAAUGGUUUACAGUUAUAGAAUUUUAUGGCUUUCCGGCGUUUUUCUAGCUCCGUUAUUGCUGGUCGCUACCGAUGCUCAGGAGCCAGCCAGUCCAGUAUUUCAGAACCACAAGACGAAGGAAUGGACGAAUUUAGAUAAUAUAACAUUCUCCUUCGAUUGUAAGCGGCGUUCAGUGGGCUUCUAUGCGGACAUGGAGUACAAUUGUCAGAUAUUUCACAUGUGCGACGAGGAGGGCAAUCGAAUACCCCAUUUGUGUGCAAAUGAGACGAGCUUUAAUCAGGAGUACAGAAUAUGUGAUUGGGACUACAAUUUCAACUGCACAGAAUCGCCGAAAUGGUUCUAUCUGAACGAGCUGACGUAUGCCACAGAUCCGCCAGACGAAGACGACGAGGACUAUUGAGUGCAAAUAAAUUAAUAUUUAUUGUCUUUGAGCAGCGAAAACAACUAAUUAAAUUAAAUGGAGCAGAAGUACGAACGGCGAAAUGGAGAGAAAUUUCCAUGAAAUAUGUAAACUAAUUUAAGAGAUUUGUUGACGAUUUUGUUGAGUUUCGUUUUGUACAAUUGAAUGUAGUCUAAUUUCGAGAAUCGACGGCGAUUCUGCUGUGUCGCAUGUAAAUAAUGUAAAUAGAAGGCCGCCAAACUAACAGCAUGCCGUAAUGUAAUUUACAAAUAAUUUUCUGUUGUUUGUAAGCAAAUCAUAAAAACAAAAAAACAAAUAAAUCGA